AUGUCGGGUACAGAGUUAGUGUACUAUGAAAAGUGGUCUGAGAGGAAGAGAGAGAAGCUGAGAGCCCUCCUUCAUUACUUCCACACUGUCACAGACCCAGCGACCAGGCCCUGUGGACUGGUGACCUUUGAGAGGCGCUACAUCAGAGACAGAGACAUGCCCUACUGGGGGAGUUGUAAGGAGACUGUUCCUAAACUCCACGUCACCUCAGCAGGCUGCAUAGAGGAACAGGGAGCAGGGAUGUUACAGGUGGACUUUGCCUGUAACAUGAUAGGAGGUGGAGUGUUGGGCUCAGGUCUGGUUCAAGAGGAGAUUCUGUUCCUGAUGAACCCUGAACUCAUCGUAUCUCGACUCUUCACUGAGAAACUAGGAGACAAUGAGUGUCUCUUCAUCACAGGUUCUCAACAGUUCAGUCAGUACAGUGGCUACAGUGACACUUUUAAGUGGGAAGGGCCUCACAGAGACGACAUUGAGAGGGAUGAGUGGCAGAGGCUACACAGACAGAUUGUGGCCAUGGAUGCUCUUCACUUCAGACACCAGAGAGAACAGUACAACAUGAAACAGGUCACCAGGGAACUCAACAAGGCGUACUGUGGCUUUAAGGCAGAUGACAACACUUACCCAGACUUCCUUCCUGACAUCGCCACGGGAAACUGGGGCUGCGGAGCCUUCAAUGGAGACCCCAAACUUAAAGGUACCCCUAACUGUUAACCCCUUACUUAAAGGUACCCCUAACUGUUAAACCCCUAACUUAAAGGUACCCCUAACUGUUAACCGCUAACCCUUGACCCUUAAGUUAAAGGUACCCCUAACUGUUAACCCCUUACUUAAAGGUACCCCUAACUGUUAACCCCUUACUUAAAGGUACCCCUAACUGUUAACCGCUAACCCUUGACCCUUAAGUUAAAUGUACCCCUAACUGUUA